CAUUCUGCACGAAAGAGUUAGCUUUCGGAGAAUCAUGAAGCUAACUUUAGCAAUAUUGUCUAUAGUAUGCUACUUAAGUUGUCACAUACUGAUAGAAGCAGCACUGCAAGUAGGCUUCUAUAAUGAUAGAUGUUCUUGUGCUGAAUCUGUAAUAAGAGAAGAAGUUACGAAAGCUUUUUUUGAGAAUAAAGGGAUUGCUCCUGGCAUUAUUAGGCUGCAGUUUCAUGACUGUUUUGUUCGAGGUUGUGAUGGAUCGGUGUUUAUAGAUUCUACACCAGAUAAUCGAGCAGAAAAGGACGGUUUAGCCAAUGGAAUUACUAUACGAGGUUUUGAAGUAAUCGACAAUGCCAAAGCUAGAUUGGAAGAUGUAUGUAAAGGGAUCGUUUCGUGUGCUGAUAUCCUUGCCAUCGCUGCAAGAGACUCUGUAGUACUUACAGGGGGAUUGCAUUGGAAUGUACCAACAGGGAGGAGGGAUGGCAGAAUUUCUAGAGCUUCAGAGACUGUAGAUAUUCCUGGGCCAUUCGACAAUCUUGAUCAAAUCACUCGAUCAUUUGAAAAUAAGGGUUUGACUCAAGAAGAUAUGGUCGCUCUUCUAGGAUCACACACGAUUGGUCAUUCGCACUGUUUCUCAUUCUCACGUAGACUAUAUAACUUCAACAAUGUAAUGGGACAAGAUCCAAACUUAAACCCAUUUUAUGCAGAGUAUUUGAAACAACAAUGUCCAAGAGAUUUACAAGGAUCAUUGAAGGAAUCAACGGUUGUUAUGAACCAAACUCCAUACGUAAUGGACUCUAGUUACUACACAAACCUUUUCAAAAAUGGUGGUUUGUUUGUUUCGGAUCAAGAGCUUCUAGACAAGCCAAGAACAGCUCAACAAUCGGCUUAUUAUGCAGUGAAUGAUUACGCUUGGAAGGUGGAUUUUGUUCGGGCUAUGAUUAAGUUGAGCCAGAUCGAUGUUCUGACUGGAAGCAAUGGUGAAAUUCGAGCUAAUUGUAGGGUGAUUAACCCAUAGUCAUUAGUUAAAUAGACUACUUGCUUUAUAACUUAAUUGUAUUAGUAUUUUUCUACCGUUAGUCGUCAUUCUGAAUUACCAGAUUAGUAAACUAGGUAAUAG